AAAACCUCAUUUUCAUUUUUUCAGUUUAUUUUUGUUUUUAUCUCAACUGAUUAGUUAAUUUCUUCUUAAUUGUGUUAAUUGUUUCUUUCUCUAUUUUGAUUAUAUGGCUUCAUUGAAAACUCUAUUCUCUUCACCAAUCAAAUCUUUCGGUCAUAUUCCACUUAGAUUGUUUUCCUCACAAAAAACAUCCAUUGGUAAGAAAAGAUUCCGUUUACCAGUUGAACAAGAUGCAGAAAAAUUAGUUAAUUAUGUUUGUGGAUCAAACAUCUACCAGAAUGGUGAAGAUAUCAAAUUAAAAGAUGAUAGUGAAUAUCCUGAGUGGAUUUGGAAGAUUAAUGUUCACCAUUAUCCGAGAACAAGUGAUUAUGAUCCAAAUACUAAAGAAUUUUGGGAAUUUGUUGAAAUUCGACAUUUAAUCAGAUUGUAUCGAUUAAAAGCAAAUCGACCUAAACCUUCAAUGGCGAUUGGUAAAGCUGAGAGAGAUUAUCAAGAGAGAAUUUUAAGAUCUCGAGUAAAAGCUAUUCUACCCGAAGCAAUCGAUCAUGGUUAUGAUCCUAAAGAGAUUAUGGAAGAACCUGUUAAUCCGAGGAUUCAUUUAAAGCCCGAAAUUGAUGAAACUAUUGUUCCUUAUGAUGAGAUAGAGGAACCACCUUUGUUUGAUAAGCUCUCCAUGUACAGAGCCUUAACGAAGGCAUCAAAUAUGAGGAUAGAUAAAAUUGGCGAUGCCGCGACCAAACCGAAGAUAAAAAAACCAAAAACUGUUUAGAAUUUAAAGAUUUUCUUUCUAAAGAAAAUUAGAUCUGUAAUAUUGUUAAUAAAUAGAUUUAAAAGUAAAUAA